AAAUCCCAUACUACUCCAUUAUUUCUUCAUAGCACUCUCAACACCAACCCCAACCUAUAAUUCCUUCUCUUAACAUAUCUAUCUAUCCACAUUCUUCACUCAAUUAUAUUUUCAUCUCUUCAUAAAAAGAAAUAUUUUUUCUCUCUCCUUGAUCAUUUCCAUUUGCUAGCUAGCUCAUGGACUCACACAGGCAACUUUUCAUCCUCUUAUGUCUUUCUUUAGUUCUUGUACUUCUCUCAGGGCUGCAAGUUGAGGCCAAGCGUCACAUCAAAUACCAUCCUUCAAAAGAACUGUUUGUUUUUGGUGACUCAUAUGUUGAUACCGGCAACACCCCAAAAAGUAAACCUGGGUCAUGGAAACAACCUUAUGGCAUAACCUUUCCCGGAAAACCUGCCGGUAGAUUUUCCGAUGGUAGAGUUUUAACUGACUUCAUUGCCAAGUAUUUGGGAUUGAGAUCACCAAUUCCCCACAAAUUCAGGAAUAUUGUACCUAAGAAUUAUUUGAAGUAUGGAAUGAACUUUGCAUAUGGUGGUACAGGUGUAUUUGAUACAUCCACUUCAGGUCCAAAUAUGACUACUCAAAUUGAUUCAUUCAACCAACUUGUUCAAGAAAAUGUUUACACACAAUCAGAUAUCACCAAAUCUAUUGCUUAUGUUUCUGUUGCUGGAAAUGACUACAAUCAUUACUUGGCCACAAAUGGCUCUCUUCAGGGUUUUCCAUCUUUCAUUGCCUCAGUGGUUAAACAAACCACCACCAAUUUGGUUCAUCUUCAAAGCUUAGGGUUUAAGAGAAUUGUUGUUGGUGCUUUACAUCCCCUUGGUUGUCUUCCUCAAACUACUGCUCAAAACUCAUUCCAAAGUUGCAAUAGUACAUUCAAUGAUCUUGUAGCUCUCCACAACAACCUAUUGAACCAAUCUGUGACAAAGUUGAACCAAGAAGCCAAAGAUCACACCACCUUUAAGAUUCUAGAUAUUUUUGACAGUUUUAGUUCAGUGUUGAAUAACCCUUCAAGACAUAAUAUCAAGGAACGUUUGAAGCCAUGUUGCUUUGGAGUAAGUAGUCAGUAUAAUUGUGGAAGUGUAGAUGAGAAUAAUGUUAAGAAAUAUUUGGUUUGUGAAAAUCCUGAAACAACUUUCUUUUGGGAUCGGUUGCACCCAACACAGGCUGGUUGGAAUGCUGUCUAUAAUGAGUUAAAGAUUAAAAGUCUUCAUCAAAUUCUAUACUAGAGCUGAGUUGUGUGUUUGUCUGUUUGUGCCAUCUAUUUGCAUUCUUUUGUAAUUUCUGAUUUAAUAAGGCACUAAUCUUUCUCUUAAUUUGUUAAAUUAUCAUUAAAUUGAGUUUGUUUGUAAGUUGUAAUAACUAUUUCAUUUGAUUUCAUUUCAUAGUGUGCAAUAUGAAAAAUUAUUAU